CGAAGUGAGUCUGAGCCAAUCUUUAUAACAUUUUGUUUUGGAAAGCGCCGCGAACGGUUGUGCUCAAGCUUUCCUCUCUCUCACGUUAAAUAGUGUUCGCGGCAAAAAUGUCACUUGUAUUCAGACUCGUCAUAAUAAUUAUACCAAUUAUCGUGCGAUGUGGUAACAUAAGUAAUAUAAGUCAGUUAAAAGACAGCAAAGAUUUGAAGUACAUUUACGAACAUAAUAAUACAAUGUUUGAUUUACGUGAAUACAAUGAAUCAGUGAUUUUAAGUCCAUUUAAGUGCCAAAGUGAUUUCUUGUGGCGUUGCUCGAAUAAAUUGAAACAAUGGAAGAAGAGAAGAAGAAUUAAGAGAUUAUUUGUGGAAGAAAACUUUAGCAAAAUAAGAAAAAGAAGUUUGUAUGAGACUGUAACAUAUGCUAAUUCUUCAAACAUAUCUACAAUAGAUACAGAUGCAAUAAGUUUAGCACUUAUCGCGAGGUUUAAGGAGAAGUGGCCUGUACAAUUAUGGGAGGAAUACGGAUGGUUCAGUGAUGAUUAUCUGCUGAUGAUAAACUCACAUUGGCUGAGAUUUUCUCCACCUCCACCUGUUAUUCAUUACACCCUGGCCAGUAUUUACAUCGCAAUAUUAGUUACUGGUUGUUUUGGAAACAUUAUGGUCCUUUAUAUGUAUUGCAGAUGUCGCACGCUUCGGACGCCGGGGAACAUACUCGUAGCGAACCUGGCUCUCAGCGACUUCAUAAUGCUCGCUAAAACUCCUAUAUUUAUUUUCAACUCGUUUAACCUCGGCCCGGCAUUAGGAAAAACUGGUUGUGUCAUAUAUGGUUUCUUGGGUGGAUUAACUGGAACAACAUCGAUUGCGACUCUGACAGCGAUAGCACUGGACCGAUACUGGGCAGUUGUUCGACCUCUUGAACCCCUCACAGCCCUUACUGCUGUUAGGGCUCGCCUCCUAGCAGUUGGAGCAUGGACCUACGCCGCUGUAUUUUCCGCUGUACCGGCUUUCGAUUUUGGCUACGGACAUUAUGUGCCAGAGGGUUACCUAACAAGUUGCAGCUUCGACUACCUCACAGAAGACUUACGACCGCGGUAUUUCAUCUUCGCAUUUUUCUGCGCGGCUUGGCUUGUGCCAUUUUGCACGAUUUUCUUCUGCUACACAAGUAUCUUACAAGUGGUCGUUUGCAAAAGGAAUAUGCCUUCCAAAAAUCAAGAACAAAGAUUGUCCUCGAGACACGUAAAAGAACAAACGAAACGAAAAGCGGAAAUUAAAUUAGCGUUUUUAGUAAUAGUUGUUAUAGCUUUAUUUUUCAUAUCGUGGACACCUUACGCUAUUGUUGCACUUUUGGGGAUAUUCGGUAAAAAGAACCUAAUAACCCCUACGGCUUCGAUGAUACCGGCGCUAUUUUGCAAGACUGCAGCUUGUAUAAACCCUUUUAUUUACAUCAUAACGCAUCCUAAAUUCCGUAAAGAGUUACAGAAAAUAAUAUAUAGGGAUAAAUCUAAGCGUAUGAGCGGUACGUUGAGAACAACCGGAUAUUACACAGAUUCCAGUAGGAUGCACAGACCAAGCAAAGACUUGAGCGAUACAGAUGUUGAAAUACUUGAAAUGAAAGACAUUCCUUUUCGAACUGGUUUAAAUAGAAACACUAGUUAUAAUCUAGAAACGAUAUCGUCGCGAGUCUCCGAACGCGAGGGUUCGCAAAGAAGUGCAAGUUUGAAAAGUUUUGAAGACAGCGUUGUUAGUCCGCCUUCGUGGUAUUCUAAACCGCAGUUUUCAAAAAAGAGAAGCUUCCAAAGAAGGUCGUCACAAAAAUCGGGGCAAUAAAAACGUUGAAUUUGCAAAAUUUUCGACAAUUUUGACCGGUAUAAUACAAAUAUCAUUAAGAGUAUAUUUUGUAGACCGUAGUGAUAUUUAUUGCAGUUUGAAGGCACUUCCUAUUCCUAUGUAAAUAAAUGUUUAGGUAUGUCCUAUUGUCACGGGUGAAACCUAGUCACGAUAGUUGAUAGUAUCUCAUUAGUUUUUAAAAUUAUAGAAGUUGAAGAGGGAAACCAGGGCGGGUGUACUGAAAAUUUUCCGCUCAAAUCUUAAGGCCGAAAAUAACCUAAAAACCGGAAGAAUUCAUUGAUAGUGAGAUGGUGUAAACAACUUCCUCGUUUUCUCCAAUUCGAUUUUUUGGAUCCAAGAAUAUUUACGAUCAGCAAGAAAAUUAGACGUCGAUAUUAGAAGCUUAAUUUAAUUAUUAUUGUAUCAUAAUGUAUGUGAGAUUCUGCUCUGGGAUGAUUAUACAAAGUAUCUAAUACAAGAUUCUGAAUAAAGUAAAGGCUUAUUUCGCUAUUCGUGUUAGUUUUACCAAUCAGCUUUAGUAGCAAAUUAAAUAAUACUUAAGUAAAUAUUAAAAGUUUUCAAAUAUUAGAGCUUUAAAUUUUCACUUAUCAAUAUAUUUCGUGUCGUGAAAUUCUUAUCUGAUUACCUUUUUUUAGGUGAAAACCUCUCUUUUUCAUUAAUUCGGUAGGGUCAUAUUACGUAAUAUAAGGUAUUAAUAUUUUGACUUCCUUUCUUGUCAACUUGUUUUUAGUAUUUCCAUUGAUGAUGAACUAUAAUAGACGCA